AUGGACGCAAGUUCAGUAUACGAGCAGCAGCAGCAGCAGCAGCAGGAAGGAAGGGUGGAGGAGGUGUUUGCGGUGAUCAAUGACAACGGGGACCUGUUGGCGGAGGUGCUGGGGAGGCUGGACGGCCGGUCGCUGGCGGCGGCGGGUUGCGUGUGCAGGGUGUGGGCGGCCGUGAGCAGGCGGGAGAGCGUGUGGGAGGCGGUGUGCGGGCGGCACGUGGAGGGCGGGGCGGCGGCGGGGGCAGGGGCGCGACCCGUUGUGGCAGCCCUCGGCGGGUACCGCCGCCUCUACCGGCUCUGCCUCGGCCCCGCUGCCGACCGGCUCGGCGCCGCCGCCCGCCUCUCCCUCUCCCUCUCCCUCUCCCUCUUCUCCAUCGACUGCUACGAGCGGCGCCUCGGCCGGGAGCGCGGCCACCCCAGGCCGGCCUCGCUGCUCUUCCUCGACCACAACAAUCCCGUGGACGUGUCGUGAUCCCCACCGUCGAGUUCCUCGUCGUGCUCGUACCAUCUAAUGCUAAUAAUAUAUUAGAGAACAAAAUAGAUAAUAAAGGAUAUAUGUUAUAUCUUUUCUUGUCUUCUGCAUUCUCUUUGUUUUCACCGCUAUCCAUGGUGUA